AUGGAAUGUUCGUGUUUGCAUAAAGUUGAUAAGUUCAAAGUUCAAAGUAGUAACAGUGCCACCGGCGUGGGGUUCGAAUACCGUACAACGCGUUUAUGUGUGGCCUGGCUGGAAUUGGACGACAUGAAAGUUUGUAUAUUUGCACCGUCUUUUAUCAAGGGACUGAACAAGCAAUUUUUCGAUUUCAAGUUCAAUUUCAAGACAUUGUUGAAGCGUAAACGAGUAAUUGAGAACGGUAUGAAUUCGGUGAGUGAGAAAGGAAGGGAGGCCUUGAAGAGAAGAGAAGAGAGAAAGGAGUUGAAGUACAUUGGAGUGCGUCGGCGGAGUUGGGGGAAAUGGGUGUCUGAAAUUCGGGAGCCAAAGAAGAAGAGGAGGAUAUGGCUGGGGUCAUAUGACAAUCCACAAAUGGCCGCUCGGGCUUACGAUGUGGCUGCCCUCUAUUUGAAGGGCAGCUCCGCCAUUCUUAAUUUUCCUCACGCUGUACACACGCUGCCUCGCCCUCUUUCCUCUGCCUCUCGGGACAUUCAGUCAGCUGCUUCUCGGGCUGCCCGAACAUUUGAACCGCACGGACCACUUCUAUUUUCUGCUCUCCCUUCGGAUGGCCAAGUUCAAGCUUUACCAGGUCCUGAAGAAGAAAUUAACACUCAAGUUUGCUCUGAAUUGAGCAAUGUGGAGUUCACAAUGCAUUCAAGUGAGGUGGAUCCCUUGAAGGAUUUGUUGAUGCAGUCGCCCAAUAUGUGGAUGGAUAUGGCGGAGGCACUCCUCCUCACGCCUCCACGCCCAACUUACGAAUUUGAUGAUACUGAUUUACUGGAUCCUCUGUAUUCUAUCUGGACUGACUCGGCCAUCUAAUAAAUUCAUUAUUAUAUUGCCUAGUGAUGGACUGCGCAGGGCAUAAUAAUCGGCCGUGACCUAAUGCAAUCGGUCAGAACAUUGUUAUGUGAAUAGUUUUAGUUGAGUGGCGUAGGAAGGAAAAUACAUACUAUUGUUGGAAAUUUCAUGGCUGUAGUAUACAUUUUAUACAUUUUUAUGGAUUUUUGGAAAUUUCAUGGCUGUAGUAUAUAUUUUGUACA